AUGGGUGCUCCUCAACCGUUCAGAACAGCCCAUUUCAAGACUUUGGAACGUGAAAAACGUUUCCAAAAUCCUCCAAAGGAUAAAUCUGCAUACCCAUUAUUAGAAGAAGCCGUUAAACCUCAUGUUGGUUCUUUCAAUGCAUUAACUGAAGGUCCAGAUGGUGGGUUAUUAAACUUGGGUGUUAAAGAUAUUGGUACCAAAACAAUCUUUGAUAGUAAUGAUGUUGAUAGAUUAGGUAACAAAUUAAAGAUUAGAGUUGAUUCUGUUCAACUUGCUAAACCUUCUGUUCCAAAUAAUGAUAAGUUAUCAAUAGAUAGAAGAACUUGGCCAUCUGAAGCAAGAGAAAGAAUGGUUUCUUAUAGAGGUAAAUUAUUAAUCAAAGUUUGUUGGUCUGUUAAUGAUGAAGAAGAAGUUAGUGAAAUUAGAGAAGUUGGUCAAAUCCCAAUUAUGUUAAAAUCAAAUAGAUGUCAUUUAGAAAAAUUAUCACCAGAUCAAUUAGUUGCUCAAAAGGAAGAAUCUGAUGAAUUAGGUGGUUAUUUCAUUGUUAAUGGUAUUGAAAAAUUAAUUCGUAUGUUGAUUGUUCAACGUCGUAAUCAUCCAAUGGCUAUCAUUAGACCUUCUUUCACAAAUAGAGGUGCUUCAUAUUCUCAAUUUGGUAUUCAAAUAAGAUCUGUUAGACCUGAUCAAACUUCUCAAACAAAUGUUUUACAUUAUUUAAAUGAUGGUAAUGUUACUUUUAGAUUUUCUUGGAAAAAAAAUGAAUAUUUAGUUCCAGUUAUGAUGAUUUUAAAAGCACUUGUUGAAACUAAUGAUCGUGAAAUUUUCGAUGGUAUUGUUGGUUCAGAUUUAGAUAAUUCUUUCUUAACUGAUCGUUUAGAAUUGUUAUUAAGAUCUUUUAAAACAUAUAAAUUACAUUCAAAUCAAGAAACUUUAGCUUAUCUUGGUGAUAAAUUUAGAGUUGUUUUCAAUGCAACUCCUGAUGUUUCAGAUGUUGAAGUUGGUAAAGAAGUUUUGAAAAGAAUUGUUCUUGUACAUUUAGAUUCAAAUAGAGAUAAAUUUAGAAUGUUAUUAUUUAUGAUUAGAAAAUUAUAUACUUUAGUUGCUGGUGAUUGUUCACCAGAUAAUCCAGAUGCUACUCAACAUCAAGAAGUUUUAUUAGGUGGCUUCCUUUAUGGUAUGAUUAUUAAAGAAAAAAUUGAAGAAUAUUUAAAUAAUAUUAGAUUACAAAUUCAAUCAGAUAUAAAUCGUGGUAUUGCAAUAAAUUUCAAUGAUAGAAAAUAUAUGUCAAGAGUAUUUAUGAGAAUUAAUGAAAAUAUUGGUCAAAAAUUACAAUAUUUCCUUUCAACUGGUAAUUUAGUUUCACAAUCUGGUUUAGAUUUACAACAAGUUUCAGGUUAUACCGUUGUUGCUGAAAAGAUUAAUUUCCAUCGUUUUAUUUCUCAUUUUAGAAUGGUUCAUAGAGGUUCUUUCUUUGCUCAAUUGAAAACUACUACAGUUAGAAAAUUAUUACCAGAAUCUUGGGGUUUCUUAUGUCCUGUACAUACUCCCGAUGGUUCUCCAUGUGGUUUAUUAAACCAUUUUGCUCAUAAAUGUUCAAUUUCUACUCAAGCAAGUGAUGUUUCAAAAGUUCCUGAAGCUUUAAGUGCAUUAGGUGUUUCACCAGCUCAUGUUUUCGCUGCAGGUCCAAAUGUUGCUUGUGUUCAAUUAGAUGGUAAAAUUGUUGGUUGGACUACUCAUGAUCAAGCAAAGAUUGUUGCUGAUACUUUAAGAUUCUGGAAAGUUGAAGGUAAACAUGGUUUACCAUUAGAUUUAGAAAUUGGUUAUGUUCCACCUUCUGCAAAAGGUCAAUAUCCAGGUUUAUAUAUUUUUGGUGGUCAUUCAAGAAUGAUGCGUCCAGUUCGUUAUUUACCAUUAGAUAAACAAGAUAUUGUUGGUCCAUUUGAACAAGUUUAUAUGGAUGUUGCAGUUACACCAGAAGAAAUUGAAAAUAAUGUUCAUAGUCAUGUUGAAUUUACUCCAACAAAUAUUUUAUCAAUUUUAGCAAAUUUAACACCAUUUUCAGAUUUUAAUCAAUCUCCAAGAAAUAUGUAUCAAUGUCAAAUGGGUAAACAAACUAUGGGUACUCCAGGUGUUGCAUUAGUUCAUAGAUCUGAUAAUAAAUUAUAUAGAUUACAAAGUGGUCAAACACCAAUUGUUAAAGCUAAUUUAUAUGAUGAAUAUGGUAUGGAUAACUUCCCUAAUGGUACUAAUGCAGUUGUUGCGGUUAUUUCUUAUACAGGUUAUGAUAUGGAUGAUGCGAUGAUUAUAAAUAAAUCUGCAGAUGAAAGAGGUUUUGGUUAUGGUACAGUUUAUAAAGUUGAAAAAGUUGAUUUAUCACAAUCAAGACGUCGUGGUGAUCCAAUUACUCAACAUUUUGGUUUUGGUACUGAUGAAUGGCCAAAAGAAUGGAGAAAUUUCUUGGAUACUGAUGGGUUACCAAUGAUUGGUGGUAGAGUUGAAGAAGGUGAUCCAAUUGUUGCAUAUUAUGAUGAAACUGUUGGUAAAACUAAAGUUAAAACUUAUCAUUCAUCAGAAGGUGCAUUUAUUGAAGAAGUUAAAUUAUUAGGUGAUGAUAAUGGAGAUUCAGAAUUCCAACAAUUAACAAUUAAAUAUAGAAUUACAAGAUCCCCAUUAAUUGGUGAUAAAUUCUCAUCAAGACAUGGUCAAAAGGGUGUUUGUUCAAGAAAAUGGCCAACUGUUGAUUUACCAUUUACAGAAACUGGUAUGCAACCAGAUGUUAUUAUUAAUCCACAUGCUUUCCCAUCUCGUAUGACUAUUGGUAUGUUUGUUGAAUCUCUUGCAGGUAAAGCUGGUGCAUUACAUGGUAUUGCACAAGAUUCUACACCAUGGACAUUUAGUGAAUCAGAUACACCAGCAGAUUAUUUUGGUGAACAAUUAAGAAAAUCUGGUUAUAAUUAUCAUGGUAAUGAACCAAUGUAUUCAGGUGCUACAGGUGAAGAAUUAAGAUGUGAUAUUUAUAUUGGUGUUGUUUAUUAUCAAAGAUUAAGACAUAUGGUUAAUGAUAAAUUCCAAGUUCGUUCUACAGGUCCAGUUAAUUCAUUAACCAUGCAACCUGUUAAAGGUCGUAAAAGAUCUGGUGGUAUUCGUGUUGGUGAAAUGGAACGUGAUGCAUUGAUUGGUCAUGGUACAGCAUUUUUAUUACAAGAUCGUUUAUUAAAUUCAUCAGAUUAUACUCAAACUUCAAUCUGUCGUGGUUGUGGUUCAUUAUUAGCAACACAAACAUCAGUUCCAAGAAUUGGUGCAGCAGCAACUAUACGUUGUCGUAAUUGUUCAAGUAAAUUUGAACAUACAUCAACACAAGCUGAUGAAUCAAGUAUUUGGGAAGAUGGUCAAGGUAAUAAAUUUGUUGGUGGUAAUAAUACUACAACAGUGGCAAUUCCAUUUGUUUUGAAAUAUUUGGAUUCAGAAUUAGCAGCUAUGGGUAUUCGUAUGCGUUAUAAUGUUGAACCAAAAUAG